UAGUUUUUCCGUUCUCGCCACAGAGGAAAAAAGUGCUCGUUUUCGACUGGCGGCGGCCGUGGAAAAGAAGUCUCAUCGUGUCAUUUUUCCUAUUUGCGAGAGCAUCAGCAUCAAGUUUUUUCCAUCGAAAAAUCGCCCAACAGUUUUUCCCGUAGACGGUGGAAUGGAGUGAAAAUUUUGGAAAAAGGUUUUCCUGUUCCGCGGACGCUUUGGUUAAAAGUGGAUUUCUAACUUUUGCGGACUAGUUAUUCGCCAAAUUCUGGCACUGGACUUUUCCUGAGGACUUUAAUUGUGUGUGCGAAAAACGGGAGUGUAGUGCUGGACGAUUUUUUCCUCCCCUUUGGAAUAUCUGCAGACAUUUUGGUGGAUCUCGAGAAAAGGGUGGAACUAUAUAGUGAUAUUAUAUUGAUGUGUUAGGAGGACUGCGCCACCUUUUCGGUAUCGAGUCAUCGAGCGACGGAAUGUGUUUUGUCCGGAUGUAGGAAGAUUGUACGGAUUUACUCGGUGAAAAAUCAUAUUGGCCGCACCACACAAAACAAAACGGCUGGUCCAAAUGCAAAAUUCUAGGAAAAAAGCCCUCUUCUAGUUAUGCAAGUUGGUGGAGUGGGAUCUCAGAACGAGCAGUUGAAGAUCGUUGUCGCUGAUUCUCCACCACAAGCAGGAGCCGUAACAGCACCACCCCCAGCACUGCCCAGAUUGUUGUCUACGACGACAGAAUCGACGAACACCUCUGCUGGCAGGAUUGUGGAGUAAGAAAGAAGAGUAGCACAGAAAAAAGUGCGGUGACGAGCACUAAGCUAAGCUGCGAGGACGACGACGAAUACGCUACCGUAGUACAAACGGCAGAAGAGUAGAACAAGAGCGAGAGACUACCUAAGACCAAAGAGGCGCGGACGAAAAAGGUCGCCGACGACGACAGCGAGUGGAGCAGAGCAGAAGGUGCAAGACCGACGUCGACGACGACGAGGUGUGUGGAAAACUUGGACAACGUAAAACGGCAUCCGAGGAACGACCUUGCGUACUGCUAGCUGGUGAAGCCGAAAUCGAAGAACAACUUGUAUGCCGCAUGGGUAUUACCAGAUCACACGAUUAGAGUAGAAAAAAUCGCAUCUCCUGGCUGGAUACAUCGUCAGGAUUCAACAUCCGAACAAAAACAUAACACGUGUUCAUUCUAUAGUUUAAAAGUUCACCAGUAACCUGUAAGUAGCGCUAAGCUUAACAAAUCGUAAAUUCUAUAUUAGUUAAAGAAAAUCCACUGCAAAGUUGCAACAUGAAUGAGCUAGAGGCCCUUAGACAGGAAGCGGAAUCGCUGAAGAAUGCAAUCCGCGACGCUCGGAAGGCAGCCUGCGAUACGUCACUGGUCCAGGCCACCAACAACCUAGAACCGAUCGGCAGGAUACAGAUGCGAACCAGGCGUACGUUGCGAGGUCAUUUAGCAAAGAUCUAUGCCAUGCACUGGGGUAGUGAUUCUAGGAAUCUGGUUUCCGCAUCCCAGGAUGGAAAGCUGAUCGUGUGGGAUUCUCACACGACCAACAAGGUCCAUGCGAUUCCUUUGCGCUCAUCGUGGGUCAUGACCUGUGCUUAUGCUCCGUCGGGUAAUUUCGUAGCGUGCGGUGGGUUGGACAAUAUUUGUUCGAUCUACAAUCUAAAGACACGGGAGGGCAACGUUCGGGUAUCGCGGGAGCUUCCGGGCCACACCGGGUACCUUUCGUGCUGCCGCUUCCUAGACGAUAAUCAAAUUGUGACGAGUUCCGGCGAUAUGUCCUGCGGGUUGUGGGACAUCGAAACCGGUCAGCAGUGUACAUCGUUCCUGGGACACACCGGAGACGUUAUGGCACUGUCCGUUUCACCGCAAUUCCGAGUGUUCGUAUCUGGAGCGUGCGAUGCCUCGGCCAAGCUCUGGGACAUUCGGGAGGGUCAGUGUAAGCAAACGUUUCCGGGUCACGAGAGCGAUAUAAACGCCGUCACAUUCUUCCCGAAUGGGCACGCGUUUGCGACCGGUUCCGAUGAUGCGACCUGCAGACUGUUCGACAUCCGGGCAGAUCAGGAACUGGCCAUGUACUCGCACGAUAACAUUAUCUGCGGCAUCACGUCGGUUGCGUUUUCCAAAUCCGGCCGCCUACUAUUGGCCGGGUAUGACGAUUUCAACUGCAACGUCUGGGACACCCUGAAAGCGGAACGUGCCGGCAUCCUAGCAGGCCACGACAACCGCGUUUCCUGUUUAGGGGUAACGGAAAAUGGCAUGGCCGUUGCCACCGGGUCGUGGGAUUCCUUCCUCCGGGUGUGGAACUAAGCGUGGUAGUCUUUUUUUAAAUAAUUAACUUUUAAUAUUAUGAUAUAAACAAUUAUAUAACUUUUUUAUAUAAAAAAGAGCAAAUCAGCGCCACAAGAAUGGAAACAUAAACACAUACUGUCGGAAGUAAUCUAUGUAGAAGAAAUGUAACAGCUAACAAAUUAAAGGGAAUUCAAAAUUUUAACAUGUAAAAUAACGAAAAAAAAAAUACAAACAUAUUUUCUUCUUAUUCGUUGUCUUAAGGAAUGUAGUUCUCAGUUAUAGACACUAAAAAAACAUAAUUAAAAAAAAAAAAGUGAAAAAACAAUGCUUCUACAAUCUAAACGGCAGUUCAUGGAGAAACAAACAAAAAAUAAGGAUAAGGUGUGAACACGUGGAAAAGGCGUCAAGCUUGCCAGUUCGUUCAAAUAAUCUAACAAUAGUACUUAUACGUGUAUUUUCUUAUUCUGUAAUUUUCUUCUAAAUAAUUAAGAACUGCAGCAUUUUUUCGGUUUUUGAAACCAAGCUUGCACAAAAGAGAAAAGUGAACAAAAACGUACAAUUAUUUAUUCACACAAAAUACACAAACACACACACAAACGCGAUAUUUUUUUCCCUUGUAACGAAAAUCGUAUAAGUAUACAUUUCACACAUUUUGCUUAAAGUAAUUCAACAUGGCGGAAGAAAAAAAAUUACCAAGCUAUGGAGAAGCCAGUGUAGCCAAUUAGAGAAUGUCCAUGUAUCAUAUAUCAUAUUGAAACAACCAACCAAACAAAAAAAAAUCUAGUCGAAUGCCUCGUAAAGUUUCGGAGUUGGAUGAAAUUAAGAAGAAAAAAAAAAUAGCGAACAAAACUGCACUGAUUCGUCGACGAAAGUAGUAGUGGAUGCAAAAUUAAAACUAACAAAAAAAAACAACAUUUACAACCAAUGAAAACCGAAAGGUCCUCAUAUAUCACACAAAAAUCUUACUUAUAGGAAACCUACUCGAACAAAAAAAAGAAACAAAUAAGAAAAUAGGACCGUUGUUGUCGCAUAAUCCAGAAAACAAAAAAAAAAAAAGAAAUUAAAAAACAUUCAAAACGACACCAACGGAAGAAGGGAACGUUUGGAAGGCGGAUGAGCGAAAAGUAUUACAAUACGGCAAUGGCGCGGCGCGGUUACUUUUUCGUGUACUUAUGUAUAUUGAAUAAGUGUUUUGUGUAUCGUAUAUACAUUUAUAGAACGUGCAGCAGACAUCAUAACAAAACAAACAACAGCAGCAACCAUUCAGAACAUGAUAAUAAAGAAAUAGAGAAAGAAAAACCAAGAGUCGAAGGAAACGUUGAAGAUUUGUUUUGGUUCUUUCAUUUGUCCGCUGUGUAACACUAGAGAAAACAACCCAUACAAACAAACAAAAAUAGAAAGUUGCAACGUUAAACUUCAUCGGAACGCAAAUAAUGAUACGCAUACCUAACCAUAUUAAUUGCAAUAGAACAAAAUGGCAAUAUAGAAUGAAUCACUUUGAAAACAUACCCCCAAAUUUAUUGUGCUUUUAUCUGAAUUCGUACGAAACUUUCUCGCCUUUGCUUGUGUUAGUUACAAAAGACUUAAUUCAUUCAAAUAAAAAUCACUUACAAAAAAAA